AUGAUCGCCCGUCCGCGUCUCUCCUUCCCUCUGCCCCUGACAGCGGCGACCAGCAGUGCUUGUUUCGGCAUUCGCCAGGCUGGCUGUGACGACGCUUCCCGUGCCGUGUUCCCGUCCCUCGUCGGCCGUCCCCGUCACCAGGGUGUGAUGGUGGGUAUGGGUCAGAAGGUCUCCUACGUCGGGUGCGUGCCCUUUUAUUUCGCAUGCCAUGGCCCCUUGGCUUAUUCGAUACGUGGUAUCCUCACGCUCAAGUACCCGACUGAGCACGGUAUCUUCACCAACUGGGACGACAUGGAGAAGAUCUGGCAUCACACCUUCUACAACGAGCUCCGUGUCGCACCCGAGGAGCAUCCCGUGCUUCUCACUGAGGCCCCGCUCAACCUCAAGGCCGCCCGUGAGAAGAUGACCCAGAUCAUGUUCGAGACGUUCAACGCCCCCGCGUUCUACGUCACCAUCCAGACCGUCCUCUCGCUGUACGCCUCCGGUCAUACGACCGGUAUCGUGCUCGACUCCGGUGUCGGUGUCACCCACACUGUCCCCAUCUACGAGGGUUUCUCGCUCCUGCACGCUAUGCUCCGUAUCGAUCUUGCCAGCCGUGACCUCAUUGAGUUCCUGAUCAAGAACUGGACGGAGCGUGGCUACCAGUUCCACACCACGGCCGAGCGUGAAGUUGUCUGUGACAUCAAGGAGAAGCUGUGCUACGUCGCGCUCGACAUUGAAUAG